UUGUUUCAUCAUCAGUUCAUCAAUACAAGCUUAUAGCUCUCCACAUACAAUUUGUGAUCAGACAACUAAUCAAUCGAAAGAUGGAAGGAAAAACAUUGAUUCUAAGUGUACUCGUAAUGAGUCUGUUCAUGGCACAAAUUCAAGUUGACGCAAAGAGCUGUUGUCCCACCACCACUGCUAGAAAUAUCUAUAAUACUUGCCGCCUUGCAGGAGGUUCCAGAGACAGAUGUGCUAGCCUCAGUGGCUGCAAAAUCGUUAAUGGGAAAUGUCCUAAUGGAUAUACUAAGGACAUUCUUGAGAACACAGGUGAUGCUGUGAAUGAAUACUGCAACGUUGGGUGUGUAUCUUCUAUCUGCGGUGCCCUAACCACUCUCAGUAACUCCGAUGCUAGUGAAAUCGUGAAUGGAGCUGUUGAAAAAUGUGUCCUGGCAUGUUCUACAAUCUGCACCAAGGGCUCAAUGAUUGCAGUUGAAACUGCCUAAACAACCAUAUCCAUGAAGAUAUCACAUACAUCUUCAGGUGAAGGGGGUGGUCAUAUUUCACAGUGUUGUUUUUCAUGUUUUCAAUAAUUGUCGUGUGUGACAAAAAUGUAGAAGGUUGUCGAUCUGUAGAUUGUGUAUGCCUUCUAUUUUCUAUCUUUAAAAUAAAUAAUAACAUGUGUUUAAAAUUUUAAAUAGAUAACUUAAUUAA